AUGCGAGAACCGAGUGGCGCUGAUGGGCAUUCUGGCCAAGAGAUGUGCCUCGAUUUAUAUAAGACUGUCCUGGGUCGGCGCCGCACUGAAGCCAUCCCCUCAUCCUCAUCCUGCCUCAUUUCUGUCGCCGCCGCCACUGUCGCCCCAGCCAUCGAGGCGCACCAGAGGCUCGAGACCAUCACCGACGAGAUCCUUUUCAGCAUCACGCUUCCAACCUUCACAACCCGCCGAAACGCGCUCGAUCUCAAUACCUCCGAUUGGGCCUCUGACGGGUGCACCUCCUCUCCCGACAGCCCGCUCGGAUUCCCUCUUACUCCCGCGUGUAACCGACAUGGUUUUGCCUACAACAACUAUCGUGCCCAGACCCGCCUCACUGCGAGCACCAAGAGGAAGAUCGACAACAACUUCAAGAAGGAGUACGUUUUUACUUUCUCGUCGUCGUCAGAAAUACAAGAAAGCCUCUACUACCAAUGUGGCAAAUGUGACAUACUACGCUUCGUCCGAGUCUUUGCUGGAGGCGGUGACGUUGCCCCGGGAAGCGAGAUGACCAACUUGCCCAUAUCUACAAGGAGAAGCUGGCCGUCUACAAUCAGCCCCUUGAUGAGGCCAGGGCAAAUGGCAUAG